GUCCAAUGUCCAGCAACAGAAGAAGGUCAUCAUAACUAUCUUAAGUUCACUACAGUCUACAGAGUGACGCAGUAAAAGAUUUAUUUAGCAGAGUGCGAGGCUGGGGGAAGGUAAAGCCCCCUCUGACACACACACACACACACACACACACACACACACACACACAGAGAACGUGUGGAGCUGCGGUGAGAGUCAGAAGCCGCGGAGGAACCGAGUGCUCGGACCGAAGCGAGAGAUUUAACGCUAAACUUCCAGAGUUCCUCAGCAGCUGGAGUGUGAUCAGGAUGUGUGUGACUCUGGAACAUGAGCUUCAUGACAGACGCGUCUGCUCUCAUGGAGCUGGACUUUAACUAACACCAACAUCACCUCCAUUACCAUCACCAUCAUCUUCAUCAUCACCAGCAUCAUCAUCACCAUCAUCUUCAUCUUCACCAGCAUCUUCAUCAUCACCAGCAUCAUGUGGUAGCAGCGGCUGUUGCUCAGUCCAGCUCUUCUCCAGGAUGGGUGUCUUCAGGAUCACUGGGAUUUCUCUCGUGGAAUGUUGUGUCUGUCAGUGAAGCACAGUUGAGUCUGGUGAAGACUCCUCAGAAGACUGAGAUGAUGACGAUGCUGCUGCAGGACAUUUGGGGCACUUUUCUCCAGACCUGCUUGAUAAUGAUGGUGAGAGCAAACCAGCAGAACCUCAGAGAGACCAGCUGUGACCCCAACACCAAACAAAGCGAGCUCAACUCCUUCCUGUGGACGAUAAAGCGAGAGCCGCCCUCGUACUUCUACGGCACCAUUCACGUCCCGUACACACGCGUCUGGGACUUCAUCCCGGAGAACUCCAAGCAGGCGUUCCAGGAGAGCAGCAUGGUGUGCUUCGAGCUGGACCUGACCGACCCGUACACCAUCUCAGCUCUGAGCAGCUGUCAGCUCCUUCCACAGGGACAGAACCUGCAGGACCUGCUGCCCUCAGACAUCUACCUGCGGCUCAAGACUCACCUGGAGUACGUCAAGCUCAUGCUGCCGUCCUGGAUGACCCCGGACCAGCGCGGCAAGGGCCUGUACGCAGACUACCUGUUCAACGCCAUCGCCGGGAACUGGGAGCGCAAGCGGCCCGUGUGGGUGAUGCUGAUGGUCAACUCUCUGACCGAGGCGGACAUCAAGACGCGCGGCGUCCCUGUGCUGGACCUGUAUCUUGCGCAGGAGGCUCAGAGGAUGAGGAAGAGGACGGGAGCCGUGGAGAAGGUGGAGGAGCAGUGCCAUCCUCUGAACGGACUCAGCUUCUCUCAGGUGAUCUUCGCUCUGAAUCAGACGCUCCUGCAGCAGGAGAGUCUCCGCACCGGGAACCUGCAGAUGCCCUUCACCACAGAGCACCUGAUCAAACACUACAACUGUGGAGACCUCAACUCCAUCAUCUUCAGCCACGACACCUCGCAGGUGCCGAACUUCAUGAACGUGACGCUGCCGGCGAGCGAGCAGGUGACGGCGCAGGAGAUCGAGCACUACUUCAGACAGGAGCUGAUCUACAAGCGUAACGAGCGCAUGGGCCGGCGCGUCCGAGCGCUGCUGGAGGAGCAUCCCCACAACAGCUUCUUCUUCGCCUUCGGAGCAGGUCACUUUCUUGGAAACAACUCUGUGAUUGACGUCCUGCGGCGUGAAGGUUAUGAAGUGGAGCACACACCUGCUGGACAGACACUGCACAGAAGGUCUGAAGAGCUGCUGGAUGUGGACGCCCCGCUGGAGCCGUUCCUCCACGAGAGCCGAGGUCUUCAGGAGGACGAGGACUCGAACCCGCGGCUGCUGGAGCUUCUGGAGAAGGUGGAGCACAAGCUGAAGAAGAAGCAGCGCCGUCGACAGUUCAACGAGCUCUGGGUUCGGAUGGAGGAGAGUGUGACCACUCAGGCUCCGCCUCCUGUCGUCCGCAUCAUCAACGGUUACUCCACAGUGCAGACACACCCACAGGAGCACGGCAGAGCCAAUCAGCACAGGACGUUCUCAGGCUCCUCCUCCUCCUGCUGGAGCCCCGCCCUCACUGCGACGGCUCUGUGUGUUCAGAUCCUGCUUUUAUAAAGUCUGAUGAACACUAAACCUCCUGCUUCAUGCUGAACACUUCACUUCAGCUCCUGAAGAACCACUUCCAUGUAAAUAUAUAGAUCUAAUCUAGUUUGGAAUAAAGCAUUUGUUUGUUUACUUAUUAUAUAAAUAUAUAAAUAAGAAUCAUUAUAUUUUUGUGACUAAAUCAGAUACUAACUAGCUUAACUUCAACUGUCCUCUCUCAUGAAACAGAAGUGAAUUUCUGCUUGUAAAACUUUAGAAAUAAAAUCACUUGCUUCAGUUUGGUGACACUUUCUACAUAAAAGCAGAUUUACAAGUGACUUGUGUUUCAGUCUGUAACCUCAUGCAUCUGAUGAUUGUUUAAAAUGUUAUGGCAUAGAAAUGAGUCAUUUAAUUUAUUGAAUAGUGGUUUUAGUUGAUGUGUUUAUGUGAUUGUUGAUGGCAGGACACAAUCUAAUGGUGUUUGUGACGUUACAGUAAUUAUGUUUGUCUAUGAUGUUACAAGCAAUAAACUAUUAAACUAG